AUGUCUGAUAAUACUAGGAAACAACCCCAUUCCCAUUACAGGAAAGUCUUGCAGUCUCAGAAGCCAAAAGCUGAUGGAUUCGAAUUCGAUAUUUCCUUGGAUGAAAUUAAAGAGGAAAAUCCGGAUCGGCUGCCACCAGGUAAUAAAGAAUUAAGUCAAGGCAUCAAAGAAGGAGACGUUCAACCAUCAAAAGACGUCCCUUCCAAUAUAUUGGUUACUCCUCCGGGUGGUGAAGCAAAUCAUGAUAACGAUAUAGUACCGACCUCCUCUGACCCAAUUUCAAAAUCAAGCAACAAGUCACCUAAUAUCGAAACUGAUGAAGACCAAAUCUUACUGGCUAAACAUUUGACUUCAUUAUUUCUCGAUACAAGGCGUGUUUUACGUGCUGAGCAUAAUAUUGUUGAUCCCCUCGAAGACACUUCCUAUAUAAACAAUAUCAGCAAAAUUGAGAGAGGUAGAAGAGACUCCUCCUCAAAUGUCGUGAUCUCAAGAGAUACCAUAAUCCGUGCUGAGAAAGUCAAAUCCUCAAUCGGCUUAAAAUACAUGUAUAUUCAAAGAAUUUAUGAUUGGGGUAAACUACAUCAAGAAGAUAGCAUACAUUCUGGAAUUGAAGGAGUCUAUAACCCUUUGCAAGUGAUCAGGAAUCGUAAAAUUAAGGCUAAACAUAAAGAAUCAAUAAGACCAUUAAGUAUAAAGACUAUACCGCUCGCAUGUAACGUUUUUAGUUCGAAAAAUAGUGGUGAACAUAAAAAAAAUUGGCAUAUGUUAUGGGCAAUUGAAUUAUCAGAAUUUGUUUUCGACAAGUCUUGGAGAACUGAACACUGGAAUGAGUUGAAAAAACCAAAUGGUGAAUUAUGGUUUCCUUCACCUGCCUCAUAUUCCUCCUCGCUAAAGAAAAAUAAACCAAGAAGGAGAGAUCGAUUACAUGAUAAGCUAUUUAAAGAAGACCUGCCCGAUGAUUCUGAUUCCUUAAAUUCGAUUUCCCAACCAGGUUCCCAAUUUGAUAGCGAAAAAGGCAAAAAGAUCAAGGAAAGACGACUGUCAAGUAUUCAGUCUUCAAGUAGUGAUAAAAGCCGAAUAUUUCAAUUAUCAAGAUCAAAGUCUAAUAAUGCCAGUAAAAAGAAAACUUUAAGUGACAAAGUUAAGAAAAAACUCUAUGGUGCAAAUAUAUCCUCUUCGUCCUGGUCUUCUGAUGAAGAAGUGGACGCUUCUAAACAAUCAAAUAGCGAUGAUUCACCAAUCAAAAUAUUCAAGAAAUUUCCCACGGGUCCCCGUUCGACUCCAAACCUACCCCUUUUAAAAACUUCUUCAAAUUCAGAAAAUACCAACAAGCAUAUAUUUACUAUUGAUUCUUCCGCUAAUGAUUCCAAAGCUGCUAAUGGUGUCCCUGCUAUCAAGGUAGAUUCAAAUGAUGAUUCUACAGAGACGUCACUAGAUAUAAAUAAAAUUACUUUCAAACCAGUUGAGUCUAAACGUAUCAUCACAGGUGGUGAUCUUGAUUUGAGUCCAACUGAGCAAGUUGAGGAUGAAGUGAAAUUGAAGUAUAACACACUCACUGACGAAUUUUCAAAUGUAAAGUCUGCUCCUGUACUAAGAGGUUUGAAAGAACGUCAGUUAUCGAUAAUAGACUCUCGUCUUAACUAUAUCGAUAAAAACUUAUUCUUAAAAUUAAACUUUCUUAUUAAUAUUCACCCACAAUUAUUAGAUAGAGUUGAUUCAAAGCUAGAUGAUAUUCUACAAAAUCACGUUCAAAAUGUUUUCCAAUCAACAGUUCAAAUCAAUGAUGAUAUCCUACCAGCUUACGAAACCUUAUUUAAUGGGUUUUUGAAUGAAAUAAAAUCACUAAUUCACGUGGUUAACGAAAACUAUGCUGUUAGAAUCGAUAACUUGUUGAGUAACAGUGAUAGAUCCAUCGGUGAAAUCAACACUUCGCUUUCCCUAGAAUUGAGAAAAGUUAAUGAAAAAUUGGACAAGUUAAACGUCUCCUUAUUCAGCAACAUCGUUACAGAAACAUUCAAAGACAACGAUUUGACAAUGAAUUUCAGUGAAAGUGGGAACUAUAAGGUCUUAUAUUUCUGCUUAGAAAAUUUAAUUGUCAUAUUGUUGAGAUUAGUCUGGGUGGUGGUCAAUAUUUAUAAAUUUUUCAUUAACAUUCUUAAACUCUUUUGGAAGAUUAUAACAUUCCCUUUUUUAUAA